CUAACCACUAGGCCACUGAGUAGAGAAGAAUCAGAAGUCUAGAAGGUACUGAAGGAAAUUAAUUUUAAUGUAUUUUAUCUUCACCACUCUUUGUUUGUCUUUUCCUUCUUGAUAUAGGAAUGGCAAAAUAUAAGAAUGGCCUGAUCAUUCUCCUGGCGACACUCUGUAUCCUGAAAACAGGGAAUGUCAUCAAAUGGUUAAAUGGUCAAUUACACUCAGAAGAACGACACAUUAUCAAGAGAGCAACAGGAGAUGAACAUCUUGUCCACUAUGAGUACCAAGUGUCCAUCGAGCUAAAUGUGACCAGUGUCGACACAAUAGACUUACUUCGCAGCCUGCUGGACAACAGUAGCUCAUCCUUUGCUUUGAGUGCCUCUGCAAAUGUGACACACAUUGACAUCACCACAGUCUGCUACUCCAAUGGGAGCGACUUCCAGUGCAGAUGUGAGCAGGACUUUGUUUGGUCCUAUGACAAAUGUAUCAUAUAUGGAAAUUGUGCGGCCAUCAUCGAUGACUCCUGUACUUGCAUCGCAAGUAUUCCGUCCGACGGGCAAUACUGCCUAUCAAGGACAGUCGCCAACACUUCAACUACUUCAGGACCAACAACAGCAAACACAACACUGUUUACCAACACUACAACUCAAGCAUCAACAACAAAGCUUCCAUUUGGUUAUGAGUCCAUCAUCUCUGUUGAGCUGCUCACCACAGAUUUGAGUGUGAUAAACAUACUAAAGGACAUUCUGAAUGCCACCAGUUACCCCAUCAGCAUCAACAACUACUCAGAAAUAUCUGACAUCAACAUGACGACAGUCUGCAGUCCAAGCAGUGAUGGUUUCCAGUGCAGAUGUGAGGAUCAGCAUCGUUGGUCAUGUGACCAGUGUUUCCAGUAUGGAUCAUGUGACAACAUCACAAAUGACACAUGUGGAUGCAUCACCGGCAUUCCUUUUGAUGGACAAUAUUGUCAAUCUGUUGAUCAAUACAAUUUGACAUCUUGUCCUGCUACAACACCUUCUACUACAACAACAACAUAUCCUCCAUUUGUUUAUGAAUCCAUCAUCUCUGUUGAGCUGAACACCACAGAUAUGAGUGUGAUACAACUACUAAAGGAUAUUCUGGGAAACACCAGUUACCCCAUCAGCAUCAACAAAUACUCAGAAAUCUCUGACAUCAACAUAACUACAGUUUGCAGUCCAAGCAGUGAUGGUUUCCAGUGCAGAUGUGAGGAUCAGCAUCAUUGGUCAUGUGACCAGUGUUUCCAGUAUGGAUCAUGUGACAACAUCACAAAUGACACAUGUGGAUGCAUCAACAGCAUUCCUUUUGAUGGACAAUAUUGUCAAUCUAUUGAUCAACACAAUUUGACAUCUUGUCCCGUUACAACACCUUCUACUACAACAACAACAUAUCCUCCAUUUGUUUAUGAAUCCAUCAUCUCUGUUGAGCUGAACACCACAGAUAUGAGUGUGAUACAACUACUAAAGGACAUUCUGAGAAACACCAGUUACCCCAUCAGCAUCAACAACUACUCAGAAAUCUCUGACAUCAACAUAACUACAGUUUGCAGUCCAAGCAGUGAUGGUUUCCAGUGCAGAUGUGAGGAUCAGCAUCGUUGGUCAUGUGACCAGUGUUUCCAGUAUGGAUCAUGUGACAACAUCACAAAUGACACAUGUGGAUGCAUCAACGGCAUUCCUUUUGAUGGACAAUAUUGUCAAUCUAUUGAUCAAUACAAUUUGACAUCUUGUCCUGUUACAACACCUUCUACUACAACAACAACAUAUCCUCCAUUUGUUUAUGAAUCCAUCAUCUCUGUUGAGCUGAAUACCACAGAUAUGAGUGUGAUACAACUACUAAAGGACAUUCUGAGAAACACCAGUUACCCCAUCAGCAUCAACAACUACUCAGAAAUCUCUGACAUCAACAUAACUACAGUUUGCAGUCCAAGCAAUGAUGGUUUCCAGUGCAGAUGUGAGGAUCAGCAUCGUUGGUCAUGUGACCAGUGUAUCCAGUAUGGAUCAUGUGACAACAUCACAAAUGACACAUGUGGAUGCAUCAACAGCAUUCCUUUUGAUGGACAAUAUUGUCUAUCUAUUGAUCAAUACAAUACCUCUGGUUGUCCCAUCUCAACCACCUUGCCUACAACACAUACAACAACUGCCAGUACAACAACAACCACAACCCCAACCCCAACCCCAACCCCAAUGUAUUCAAUUUUAAUGAAAUACAACAACUGCCAGUACAACAACAACCACAACCCCAACCCCAACCCCAACAACAAACACAACAACAAAUACAACAACUGCCAGUACAACAACAACCCCAACCCCAACCCCAACAACAAACACAACAACAAAUACAACAACUGCCAGUACAACAACAACCACAACCCCAACCCCAACCCCAACAACAAACACAACAACAAAUACAACAACUGCCAGUACAACAACAACCCCAACCCCAACAACAAACACAACAACAAAUACAACAACUGCCAGUACAACAACACCAACAACCACAACCACAACCCCAACCCCAACCCCAACCCCAACCACAACAACAACAACAAACACAACAACAACUCCCUCACAUGCAACUCCAACAACAACAGCUCCUUCAACUACAGUGUCUCCACGAACAGAAUCUUCGAGCCAGACUGUUGUGUCCUCGCAAGAACCCCUGUUGGCGAAGCACAGCCGACGUUCUGGACCGCACAAUUCAUGGAGGACUUAAAAGCCAGGUUUGUGCAGUCCCAGCCCACAGCAGGCUCGGACCUUCUCCCUCCGCCUCGACCGCCGGUUCUGGCUCUCCAACCGGCCAGGCAACCGCCGCCUCCGUCCCUCCCGGCUCAGCCGUCCGUUCUGGAUCUCCGACCGGUUCGGCGCCAUCCUCCCCGUCGCCUGCUGUGCAACCUCCUGCACCGGUUCCACGGCAAUCGCCUGUGCCGGCGCGUCGGCCACCGGUUCCCACACCGCGUCUUACACCGGUCGCGGCGCCACGACGCCCAACACCGACUGAACCCCCAGCACCUGUUCCUGUUCCAAGGCGGAUUCCGGCAGCUGCACCACGGCUGCUCUGCCUGCCAGCACCCGCUUGUCCUGCCAGUCUGGCGAAGGCUCCAGUGGAGCCCACCGUGAUGUCCUUCCUGGCCUCUUUCUGGGACUCGGCGAGGGACGUGUG